GGGCUUCGUGACUCCUCGCUGCCGGGCUCGGCCUGGCGGGUGGGUCGGCGAGCCGGGGGUGGGACUGCCCCGGGCGCGGGCGCUGGUGGCCGGGGCGCGGGACUCCAGACGCCCCGCGGAGCCCCAAGGCCCUGGAACUGCGGCGCUCGGCGAGUCGAUCCGGGAUCGAUAGCAGCUCCAUGUCUCCGGCCGCUGAGGCCCCGCCGGCCGGCUGGGCAGUCCGGGGAGGCCUGGCGGGCGGCGCGUAGGCGGCGGCUGCGGGCGCCGGGGCGCAGUAGCGGACGGGGUGGGCGCGCGGCCAGGCGCCUCCCCGGUCCCCGCGACCCAACUCCAGCCCGGGCCGGAAUAAGUUGCUGCCGCCGGCGGAGAGCGGGGCUGCGGAGCCACCGGGGCGCCAUGCCGGCAGUCAAGAAGGAGUUCCCGGGCCGCGAGGACCUGGCCCUGGCUCUGGCCACGUUCCACCCGACCCUGGCCGCGCUGCCGCUGCCGCCGCUGCCGGGCUACCUGGCGCCACUGCCCGCGGCGGCCGCCCUCCCCCCGGCCGCCUCGCUGCCCGCCUCGGCCGCCGGUUACGAGGCUCUGCUGGCCCCGCCGCUCCGCCCCCCGCGCGCCUACCUCAGCCUGCACGAGGCCGCCCCGCACCUCCACCUGCCCAGGGACCCGCUGGCCCUCGAGCGCUUCUCGGCCACCGCGGCCGCGGCGCCGGAUUUCCAGCCGCUGCUGGACAACGGCGAGCCGUGCAUCGAGAUGGAGUGCGGCGCCAACCGCGCGCUGCUCUACGUGCGCAAACUCUGCCAGGGCAGCAAGGGCCCGUCCAUCCGCCACCGCGGCGAGUGGCUCACGCCCAACGAGUUCCAGUUCGUCAGCGGCCGCGAGACGGCCAAGGACUGGAAGCGCAGCAUCCGCCACAAAGGGAAAAGUCUGAAGACGGUUAUGUCCAAGGGGAUCCUGCAGGUGCAUCCUCCGAUCUGCGACUGCCCGGGCUGCCGAAUAUCCUCCCCGGUGAACCGGGGGCGGCUGGCAGACAAGAGGACAGUCGCCCUGCCUGCCGCCCGGAACCUGAAGAAGGAGCGAACUCCCAGCUUCUCUGCCAGCGAUGGUGACAGCGACGGGAGUGGCCCCACCUGUGGGCGGCGGCCAGGCUUGAAGCAGGAGGAUGGUCCGCACGUCCGUAUCAUGAAGAGAAGAGUCCACACCCACUGGGACGUGAACAUCUCUUUCCGAGAGGCGUCCUGCAGCCAGGACGGCAACCUUCCCACCCUCAUAUCCAGCGUCCACCGCAGCCGCCACCUCGUUAUGCCCGAGCAUCAGAGCCGCUGUGAAUUCCAGAGAGGCAGCCUGGAGAUUGGCCUGCGACCCGCCGGUGACCUGUUGGGCAAGAGGCUGGGCCGCUCCCCCCAUAUCAGCAGCGACUGCUUUUCAGAGAAGAGGGCACAAAGCGAAUCCCCUCACGAGGCGCUGCUGCUGCCGCCGGAGCUGGGGCCCAGCAUGGCCCCGGAGGACCAUUAUCGCCGGCUUGUGUCAGCACUGAGCGAGGCCAGCACCUUUGAGGAUCCUCAGCGCCUCUACCACCUGGGCCUCCCCAGCCAUGAUCUCCUGAGGGUCCGGCAGGAGGUGGCAGCUGCAGCUCUGAGGGGCCCCAGUGGCCUGGAAGCCCACCUGCCCUCCUCCACGGCAGGUCAGCGUCGGAAGCAGGGCCUGGCUCAGCACCGGGAGGGCGCCGCCCCAGCUGCCGCCCCGUCCUUCUCGGAGAGGGAGCUGCCGCAGCCGCCCCCCUUGCUGUCGCCGCAGAAUGCCCCUCACAUCGCCCUGGGCCCGCAUCUCAGGCCCCCCUUCCUGGGGGUGCCCUCGGCUCUGUGCCAGACCCCAGGCUACGGCUUCCUGCCCCCCGCCCAGGCGGAGAUGUUCGCCCGGCAGCAGGAGCUCCUGCGGAAGCAGAACCUGGCCCGGCUGGAGCUGCCCGCCGACCUCCUGCGGCAGAAGGAGCUGGAGAGCGCGCGCCCACAGCUGCUGGCGCCCGAGACCGCCCUGCGCCCCAACGACGGCGCCGAGGAGCUGCAGCGGCGCGGGGCCCUGCUGGUGCUGAACCACGGCGCGGCGCCACUGCUCGCCCUGUCCCCCCAGGGGCCCCCGGGCUCCGGACCCCCCACCCCGUCCCGGGACUCUGCCCGGCGAGCCCCACGGAAAGGGGGUCUCGGCCCUGCCUCAUCGCGGCCCAGCGAGUCCAAGGAGAUGACGGGGGCUAGGCUCUGGGCACAAGAUGGCUCGGAAGACGAGCCCCCCAAAGACUCGGACGGAGAGGACACCGAGACGGCAGCUGCUGGGUGCAGGGGGCCCACUCCGGGCCAAGCUCCAGCUGCAGGGGCCGGCGCCGAGGGGAAGGGGCUUUUCCCAGGGUCCACACUGCCCCCUCCGCUACCCCUGGGCUUCCCUUAUGCCGUCAGCCCCUACUUCCACACAGGCGGGCACCCCCACACUCUAGAUCCUUCCAGAGGGCACAGGACUGGCAGGCCGCCUGUGGAAGAGUCUUGGGGGGAGGAGGGGCCGUGGGGAGGAAAAUUCCCCUUAGGCACCCAUCCCCCACCUCAGCAAUUGGGGCACACGACGGUCAGGAGACGGGCGGGUAUGGGAAAGCCAGCCAGAGCCCUAGUAACGCCCCACAACUCAGGCGCGGUAGGGGGACUCUCCGUGGAUGGGGAGGAGGCCCCAGCCCCUGAGGACGUCACCAAGUGGACCGUGGAUGAUGUCUGCAGCUUCGUGGGGGGCCUGUCUGGCUGUGGAGAGUACACUCGGGUCUUCAGGGAGCAGGGGAUCCACGGGGAGACCCUGCCACUGCUGACGGAGGAGCACCUGCUGAGCACCAUGCUGAAGCUGGGGCCCGCCCUCAAGAUCCGGGCCCAGGUGGCCAGGCGCCUGGGCCGAGUUUUCUACGUGGCCAGCUUCCCCGUGGCUCUGCCACUGCAGCCACCAACCCUGCGGGCCCCGGAGCAAGAACUCGGCACAGAAGAGCAGCCCUUGUCCCCCACGACGGCCACGUCCCCCUAUGUCGUAGGGCAGUCCUCUAAGGAAGUGUUAGAUCCCUUUGAAAUCUGUCCAAACACUUUCUUGUGCUGGGGAAAGUCAAUUACAUAUUUCAAGCAACCCCACAUGUCAUACGAGUAUCUUGUACGUGUUUGUGUACUCGUGUCUGUGAACUUACAUCUCAGACUUCAACUUCUCGCUCCCCACCCUUAUCAAUGACUGCCUGCAUGGCCUUGGGCAAGUUGCUUUCCCUCUGCAAAGCUCAGUUUCUGCAUCUAUAAAAUGGACAUAAUGCUACCUACCUCAUGGGGUUAGUGAUCACAUUUAAGGAGCUAAUAUGUGGAAAUUGCUUACACAGUACCUGUCACAUAAUAAGGGUUUAAUAAGUGAUGUAAUUGUUUUGAUUAUUACUACUAAUACUUAAAUAAUAAUUACUACAAUAAUAAUGAUUCUUAUUCUCUAUAUUAGUAUUAUCUUUGAAAAUGGGCAUGAAUUAUGUCUAUGUAACACUUUUGGCACAAUAUCUAGCAUUAUAUCACAUACAAAUUAGAGAAUUCAUGUUAUUAAGGAUGAAAAAAUAUUUUUACUGACCCUUAAAUUCUUCCUAAGUAACUGCAAAAGAAGCCAUUAUCCCAACACAUGAAAUAAAAAAAAAAUUCAGUUCCUCUGGAGUUUGUUUUUGGAGGUAGCC